AUGGCCAGCGAAAAACCAAAGCAUCUUCCUUUGGUCUACAACCCGCUUCUCAAUUGCAUAUUCAACAAUCCACAUCAUCUGAAGUCGGCCCUCAAAGCCACAAUCCGGGAACUUUGCCGUCUGCACAAUGACUAUGCCAUUCUUGUUCCUCCAGCAUACAUACUCCAAGAGUGCUACGACCACCUGUCACAGAAACUAAGCGAAAUAUGCUUCACGUCUGAGGACUUUGUGAAGUCCCACAUCAUCAAGACUAGUGCGCCUUUAUCUACGUCGUCUGCUCCAGUGACCAAAGUCCAGCUGGUUUUGUACAGCACCAUGAACGGUAAGCAGGUUCUUAUCAAAAACGGUAUGGUCUUCACGGGCCGUGGUUCCAAGCGCAGCAUGAAGCUUAGGAUCCUUAAUGUCAACUACUUUAUUUCUUUCUGCGAUUACUUCCCGAAGAGCAGUAAGUUCUUAUUGAUAUACAUUGAGGACCUGCUUUUUGGCCACAAGCCGAUGGUUGAGGGGCCACCCGCAACUCCGGUUGAUGAGCCGAAGAUACUACCUUUGAAGAAGGAAUCGGCAAUAACUUUUGAAGAGCUUUUGCGUAACUUCCCUGUCCUCUCUCGAGCAAUGUCUGAUAAGUUCUACAUUCUUUUCCAUCAUAAUAACCGCCGGUUCCAGCGUCUUCGAACAAGACAGCGGAUGUCGCUUCAAGAGAUCAGAAAUGAGUUCACAGCUUUAGUUGACGAAGCGUUCUCCAUUAUCCAAAACUGCGUCAAUGCAGAGACCGUUGAUGGAGAAAGAACGUACAAUCUACUCAAUUCCAUUGUCACGCAACACAAGAACGUGGAUCUCAACAGUCUAGUCCACGAGUAUGUGGAGCUAAAUAUAUAUAACAAGGUGUGGCUGCAGCUCCUUUUCCAGUAUCAGAACUAUGAAGUGGAUGAUGGACUUUAUGAAGAUGAUAAACCGGAGCUUAUAUUGACCCCAAAUUUGUACAGAGAUUUAUCUUGCUUAUCCCUCAACCACUUGGACAUUCCAGUCGACGAACCUUGGAAUUUGAAUGUUCUAUACAGAAGGGUCUCGGAUGCAAUUGAACAGUUUUCUCAAUUGGCGAACUCCACAGUUGCUAACCAGAAACAAAAAGUCUUGCUUAUCAAAAAUGCGGUGAACAUUUUAACCACUGGCUCUCCUGCUGGUGGCAACUCUUCCCCUGAUCUUGUGGUUGAUGCAGAUACGCUCAUUGGAUUACUCAUCAUGGUUGUUGUGCAUUCUAAAGUUCCAAAUUUAGAAGCUCACCUAUACUAUAUCAGACAUUUUGGUGCCUCCAGUACAUGCAAAAGUGACAACACGGCUAGUGCUGAAAUUGAAUCUGGCUAUCUCAAUUACAUCUUGAGCAACAUCGAUGCCGUGAUAUAUCAUCUUUCAAGCUCAAACAAAUUAGAAUCCGGUAGUCAUUUGAAGGAAAUGAUUUCAUUCUCUGCUCAAAACUACGAACUUUGGUACUCCAUCAGUAUGCAGAAGAUGGACACAUUGCAAAGGGUCCUCGACCAUACAGAAGACAAUUACGGAAAUACUGAUCUCCCAACUAAUCAUUGCAUAAGAAGCAAAAACAUCCACGGUGAAAGCUUCUUUGUCUUUGCUAUAAAAGCGAAAAGUCCUGGCAUUUUUAGAAUGUUACUAACACGAACAGCAGCGUGGAUUCUGUUGGAAGAUAUUCUCUUCGAUGUUAACACAUCUACAGGUCAAAACUUACUCAUGUUAGCUUUGCAAGAAGAAGUGCCUGAGAUUGUAGAAGACAUUUUGGAUGUUCUCUUCGCAAACACUUCGAAGCGUGAAUUGGAACUUUAUUUGAACCUGAGAGACAAUAAUGGAAGAACAGUGGGGCAUUAUCUCUCGCAUGACUUAGACGCUAUGGAUAGGGUGGGCCACCUCAUCGACUGGGAAUCUAAGGAUGUAAGUGGUGUCACUCCAUUGUUCAGUUUCUGUCGCUGUUAUGACCAUUCGCAGUAUGAAUUGCUCAUCAAAAAGGCGUUCGAGUGUGUCUAUAAUCAGUCUUCUGGACCCUUCACCUUUGAAAAUCAUAUUGACAAAAAUGGGAACACUUUGCUCCAUGUUCUUUCCAAAGGUAUUCCUGAAUCCCAAUUACUUUCAAGAGCUUUGAUUGACAUCAAUCAGGUGAACGAUAAGCUCUUUUUCCCCACUGCAAUUUACGUUAGGUUCAGCCGACUCGAUAACUUGAUUUGCUUACUCAAAGACAGUAGAUUGUUUUUCGACUGGGAAGAUUCGAAGAAUUUUUACAAUAUUUUGGACUACUGCAGUUUCUCUGCUAGCAAAGCUGCAAAUGAAACAAAUCAAGCAUUCAAAAGCAUUCAAAAGGUCGUUGUUGAGGAAUACUUCAAACACAACUUCCCUCUUCGUAACAACAUAGACCUAGGCGUGCUAAACUGCCGGUAUGACAAAAGCAACGACGACUGGAUCGUUAAUGUUGCACUUCAUACAAAAAAAAAAUCUGAUCUGGGAAAACUGCAUUACUCUACAAAAUAUGUCACGAUGGAUUGCUUAAGACAGUUUGUACAGAUUCAAAAGUUUUCGAAUCCUUUGGGAUUUGAUAUUAGUCCCGACGAGUUUUGGGUCAAUUUUCCACCCGGGAAACAGGUGAUACCAUUUUGCUCCAAGUUUAGAGCGAAUCGGGUAUUGGAACAUCUAAGCACUUACUUUCUGAGUAUGAACUUUGUUUCAGAUGCUUCGAAAACCACAUUCUUGCGCAAUUUCUCGCGGUGUUGCCAGAGCGAUUCCACUCUGGUUUUAGAUUUGAUGAAGGAAGUUUCGCUGAGACAGGAGGCCGAAAGGCUUGCAUUAGGAAAAGUGCAACUUUCCGUGCAAAACAUACAGGAGAUUGAGUACUUUGUGGCGUUUUCUCGGGAAGAUCUAGUCAAGUUUCAAAAGAGUAUAGCAAAACUUAACAAGCUUGUGAGUAUUGGUGGAGUGAAACAGGGUGAUGUUCGUUUUGUGAUAGACCGUUUCCUCCAGUCUCUUUUCUUUGUUCAGCAGAGGCAGUUGCAGGCUGAAACGGAAGGAAGGCGACUUGAUUCAACGUACUAUGCCUUCCAAUCGUACAUUCAGAGAUUAGAGAGUGGAGUACGCGAACUCCUUGCUAGCUGUGACAAGGUGAGUCAAAAACUCGACCAAUGGAAGCAAAUGUAUCACAAAAUUGUGGAUAUCAAUGUCGAAUUAAGGCGGUUUGAAGACCAGAUAGUGACCCACCCUCUGGGGGACGGUGAUGUUGACGAACAUCAAACCAUUAGCAGAAGGAACACCUUGUCCGUGGAAGACCUCCCACUGCAAGUGGAGGAAACAUCAUCGCCUUUUUUCAACUUUGGUUUCAUCGAAACUAAAAACUCCCGCUACAAGAAAUUGCUCUACUCAAAGUCACAAAGUGUCCAAGAAUUGAUGGAUCUCAAUGUGAGGAUCAAGCUAGAUCACGAGGCGAUAGCUGCAGCGAUUUCGCAGUUUCUCACCUUCAGGUCUGGUUUAAUGACUUUUGCCAUCAAACAGUUUACAAGAACAAACUUGAGAGUCUUGCGCCACCGCCACUACGAAUUGAGCAAAACUCUUGCUGACCUCCACAGUAAGAAAGCUUCGCCCUGGAAUUUCAUACAAUCGUAA